AUGAAAUUCUCUACUAUUCUGCCCUUCAUUGGUGCAUUCUCCUCGCUCCUUCAACAAACUCAUGCACGGUCACAGGCCGCAGAGGCUAUUCAACGGGUAACGGCCAUCGAUAAUGCGAUCAUUCGAACCCCAUCACACGAAGUAGACCACCUGUCGCAUUUCGAUCUCACCUUCGACUUACACCGAGACCACAAGCGGAUAAAGCUAGAACUCGAGCCAAAUCAUGAUAUCCUGUCUGAAGACGCCUAUGUGCAAUAUAUCGGCAUUGACGGCACGAUAAGACAUUCAGAGCCGAUCAGGCGACAUGAGCACAAAGUCUUUCAGGGGCGCGCCUUGGUGGGGUCCGGAAAGGGAAGAUGGACGCCUGUGGGUUGGGCAAGAAUUACCGUCAAAAGGGAUGGUCUGGAGCCUCUGUUUGAGGGCGCUUUCAGUGUCAACGAGGACAAACACCACAUUGAGCUGCAGUCGAAUUACUUGGACAUGAAGCGCCCGAUCGAUGCCGAUGUCGAACCACGGGACGGGGAAUCCAUGGUUGUCUACCGCGAUUCGGACAUGUUUCGCUACACUCACUCGGAGCUCAAGCGGUCGCUUCCGGUGGACACGGGCUGCAGCUCAGAUCAACUGGACUACAAUGCGGAUCUAUCGAAUUCGAUUUUUUCCUACGAUAUUGCCGGAUACGACGAUCAAUGGGGUGUUACCUCGUUGAACUCGUUGUUCGGACUGGGCAAGCGACAGUCGGAUGUCGGCGGUGUUUCGGGUAACACUGGUGGUGUGAACCUCAAGUCGACUAUCGGCGAUACCAGCGGAUGUCCCAAGACCAAGAAGGUUGCUUUGAUCGGAGUCGCGACGGAUUGUGAAUUCACCCAAUCGUUCGCAUCUUCCAACUCUACACCAAAAGAAGCGGCCAAGGACUGGGUUAUCAACGUGGUAAAUACGGCUUCUAGUCUCUAUGAGGAUGCAUUCAACGUCUCGAUUGGUCUGCGCAAUCUUACCAUCUCCGAUGAAGGCUGUUCCUCCGAGGGCUCCUCUGCUACGCCGUGGAACGUUGACUGUAAUGGCGGGAAUGUCUCCUGGCGGUUGAACGAAUUCUCCAAGUGGCGCGCCUCGCAUUCGGAUGACAAUGCGUACUGGACCCUGAUGACGAAUUGCCCCUCAGGUAGCGAGGUUGGAGUGGCGUGGAUGGGUCGUCUGUGCUCGUCAGAUCUGGUCACCUCUGGCGCCAAUUCGGUGACAGGUGCGAACCUCGUCGUUCGUAACACCGGCGCUUCCUGGCAAGUGUUUGCCCAUGAGUCAGGUCACACAUUUGGAGCAGUGCACGACUGUGAUGGGGACGGAUGCAAGAAGAAGCUGGAAGCCUCCUCGCAAUGCUGUCCGCUGAGUUCGUCAACCUGCGAUGCCGGCGCAGGGUACAUCAUGAACCCCUUUGCCACAAACACAUUGACCAAGUUCUCCGAGUGUACCAUCGGUAAUAUCUGUUCGGCCAUCGGCAGAAACAGCAUCAAGUCCUCCUGUCUCUCCGACAACAAGGGCGUCGUCACCAUCACCGGCAGCCAGUGCGGCAACGGCAUCGUCGAAGCCGGCGAGGACUGCGACUGCGGUGGCGAAGAAGGCUGCGCCGAAAACGCCUGCUGCGACGCAAAGACUUGCAAAUUCAAAGACAACGCCGUCUGCGACGACGCCAACGACAGCUGUUGCACACAAUGCCAGUUCGCCCCCGCCGACACCGUCUGUCGCGCCAGCAGCGGCGUCUGUGACCUCGAAGAAACAUGCAGCGGCAACUCGAGCUCCUGCCCUGCAAACAAAUACAAAGACGACGGCACCUCAUGCGGCCCCAAGGACCAGGGGCUCGCCUGCGCCAGCGGCCAGUGCACCAGCCGCGACUACCAAUGCCGCACCGUAGUCGGCUCCCUCCUGAACACCAACGACACAUGGGCCUGCGAGGGCACCACCGAACCAUCCUGCGUGCUCGUCUGCGGCGCUCCAUCAAUCCAACACUCCUUUGGAACAACCCCCUGCAUCAGCAUGAACCAGAACUACCUCGACGGCACGCCCUGCGACUCAGGCGGCCGCUGCCGAGCCGGCCAAUGCCAGGGCUCAUCUGCUCUGGGUUGGAUCCGCCAGCACAAAAAGCUGGUCAUCGGCAUCUGUGUCGGAGUCGGCACGCUCAUCUUGCUCGCUCUCUUCUUCUGUAUUUAUAGUCGCUGCAAGCGCAGUAGACAGUUGCGCAAGGCCCGUAAGGCCAUCCCCCCUGGCACAUAUCGUCGUUAUAAUGGGCCUCAGCCCACUUCUCGCCCGCCUAUGGAUCAGUGGCAUGGUGUACCCAAUGGAGGGUAUCAGAAUAUGCCCCCUCCUGCUGGAUGGCAGAAUAUUCCGCCUCCCGGGCCUCCUCCUGGGCCGCCGCCACGGUACGCUUGA